UUCGAGUGUGUGUGUGCGUGUGUCUCCUGAUUUCACCCUCACACACGCACACAUACACACUCACAACACAGUCAGACGCACACAUUUGCUGCCUGUCUGACUGCAGUAGUGGAGCUCCGGCAGCAGAAAUCCGGUCGGAAAGGAUUCCUUCCAUUUUUACGCGCAACUUUUCCCCCCAGUCCGCUCGGCCGCCGCGCCGCGCCGCUCCCCCCGCUGCCUCCUUCGACUCUUGUGGAUUUCUAACAACCGUCUCCAGGCUGCUUCUACCCCGGAGCGAGGUGUCAAGCCCGCCCGGAAUCGGAUCUCCUGUCACCGGGGCUCGCUUGUUGUCAUUUUCGCACGGAGACGCGCAGCCGGAGCGCAGACUGAAGGGGCUGUGACCUGUUUGUGGACUUGCUAAACUGGACCAGGAGACAAACAGCUACACCAGGAUGGCCACGUGAGGACACUUUCUGUCGGGACUCCCGCUGAAACCAAACUGAGCACGUGCAGACCGACAGGUCUUUUGGUGAAUGAACUGGAUGACUUUUGAAGCAAAGGAAAGAAGGUCAACAAGCACUUUUCCCGAAAGAAAAAUCACUCAAGGAUCCGUCUGUCUUUAGAUGAAGUGGACAGAAAAACAACGCACAGCAACAUUAGUGUUUACAACAUGGCAAAAGGAGAGAAACAUUUCUGAUGUUAUCCACUAAAGCUCCCCUUUUAUUUCCACUUCCUGAUUCCUGUUUCCAGCCUGGCUUUACAAUCAGUCUAUUUCAGCUAUGGACGGGUACUUCCUGUUUCUGUGAACUUGCCGGCAGCCAUCAAAGGUUCAGCUAUCAUGCCUGGUAGUUUUGGGACCUUGUAACCCUCCAGAACCCACCCUCCCAACUCCCCUUCCCUUCCUCCUCCCUCUUCUAUCCCACUGAAGAGCUUUGCAAAGAUGGAGGCUCGUGAAUCAGCUGCCGCCGGGCAGAGAUGCUCGAAUAAGGAUCCAGUGAAGGAGAAGGCGCCUCUGCAGAGGAAGUGGGCGUCGGAGCCCUCUGCUACCACCAAAAGAAGCACUUUUGCUGACCCAGAGGCAAAGCACCGCGAGAGUUUGCCGUGUGGUGCAACUGGGGGUUCAGCACCUCAGCAGAAGUACGCAAUCACAGGGAAUUCUGGGAAGCUGCUAUCUGGACCUUCUGCAAUUGGGGCCAUGGGAGGCCCACCAUCUCAAGACCCCCAAGGGCCCUUUGCUCAGGGGUUCCCGCGGGGAUACUCCUACCAGCUCGGCCAGCCGUACCCCCAGCACCCCCAAACUGAGCGCUUCCUCUCAGGAGCCAAACCCCAGCCAGGUCUGGAGCCUCACGCUUGGCCGUUUGCUGGCCAGUUGCCCUCGGAUGACCUGUUCCCCGUAGGACACCCGGGACACACUAAUCCUCACGGGGCUGGGGCCGGGAGGUUUCCCCGCCAGAAAUCUCCCAGUUUACCCAGCUCCUUCGGACAGUAUUCUCAGUCGGGCUCUGAGCCCGGAGAGGAGGGCUACAACAAAAAAGAGCAGAAGCCCAAGAAGCCCGGUAAGUACAUCUGUCACUACUGCGGUCGAGCUUGCGCCAAGCCCAGCGUGCUGAAGAAGCACAUCCGCUCGCACACCGGAGAGAGGCCAUAUCCUUGUGUACCCUGUGGCUUUUCCUUUAAAACCAAGAGCAACCUUUACAAGCAUCGCAAGUCCCACGCUCACGCCAUCAAGGCUGGACUCGUACCGUUUUCAGAGCUAGCCGUGGCCCGCGGCGGGGACAUGGACCAGGCGUCCCCAGUGGGCGAGGCCGAGGUCCACUCAGAUGGAGAGCAGAGCACCGACACAGACGAGGAAGGUGUGGAGGGCUCCACCAUGCUGACGGACAAAGACAGCCCCAUCCCGCAGAUCCCCUUUGAGGCUGACAAGAAUACAGGUGGUGUGGAACCAGCAUAUGCAGACUCAGCUGAAGAGCUGCUGGUGGGGUCUAUGAAAGUGCCUAUCCUUAUUGUCCCCAAGCCCGGGGGAGUCCCCUCCACAGGAAUGGAGUGCCCGCCCUUUCAGGACAUAAAGGGGUCACACCACAUGUUGGCAUCACACGCUGGCGCAAGAGCGCAUUCACUGGAUGACUCCCCUACCAUCAAACAACGUUUGGCACUGAGGCUGAAUGAGAAGAAAGGUCAUGACUCGGACUCUGCCAUGUCCCAGUCCCUGAACCUGCUCAGUCCUCACAGCAAGGGCAGCACAGACUCUGGCUACUUUUCACGCUCUGAGAGCGCGGAGCAGCAGAUCAGCCCUCCGAAUACUAAUGUCAAGACGUACGAAGAAAUUAUGUUCGGUCGGACUUGGUACUACCGACCAAACUCCCGGUCUAGACAGUCUAUCACAGUGGGAAUGGCAGGGGCAGACCCCAGCCUCGCUAGCUUAAAGCAACCAGGUGCUAUUCUGGACAUGGGAAAGAUAGCUGAGGAUCAUAUCUGCUAUAGAGGGGAUGUAGGAGUCUCUGGAGAUCCCAAGCAGUAUCCAACAGGACCCUGUCAAAGCAGUACAGGGCUUUUGGAGCCUCCAUCAGACAAUGGAACCCUUAUUAGAAGCAACUCCAUGCCAACUUCCUCCCCGCCUACCCUUAGUGUCCCCCCAUCAAUUCGAGGCAGCCACUCCUUCGAUGAAAUGAUGACCUCGGAUGAUGUGUUUUACCCACCGGGGCGCAGACUCAGAAGGCAGGCUGCGUUUGAACAUUCGAAUGAAGCCCACGUAGGAGAGGCCGAGGGCCACGGGCACAUGCCCAAGAACUUAGCUUCAUCUCUGGGUAUGAAGAUGGGUGAGCGCAACCCAGGAGUCCCAGAGCACAUCGCAUACAGCCCAUAUGUUACGAAAGUUAGUAUGUCCGAAAUAGCCACAAGAAAAAGGAGGAAAGAGAAGAGUGUUGGAGACGAAGAAGACAGCCCGGGACACUGCAACAGCAGCUGUAGUGGUUCAGUUGACAUGGUAGGGGACUAUGAUUUCAGACAAGGUAGUCUGGAUGGGUCAAGAGGCACCCCAACAGGGAAGGGCUCGCUUCACAGCGCUCACAGCCAGUCUGACAGCUUUGAUACCUGUACCAGCAUGUGCUCUGAGGACAUUGCACUGUUUACUGACUCUGAGGGCAGGAAGGCAGCUGGGAAUGUCAUAUCAGUCAUCCAGCACACCAACUCCCUCAGCCGGCCAAAUUCCUUUGAGAAGUCAGAGUCCUUUGAGCAGCCAGGAUAUCAGCCGUCAGAAAAAGCUCUAUCGAGCCAGUACUCCGAACAGUCGGACACAGAGAUCUAUGAAGAUGCUCUGAGUCCCGAAUCUGCCCUGCUGAGGACGGAGAGCAUGGAGCAGCAGCUGCAAAGUGACAGUGACCUGGCUUCCCUCUCAUCUUCAUCAGCCGCAGCAUCACCCGGCCAGCCUUACCACAUCCCACAUAAGCUAGUCCGACAACCCAACAUCCAAGUUCCUGAGAUCAGGGUGACAGAGGAGCCGGACAAGCCCGAGAAAGACUCAGAAGCUCCGAUGACCAAGGAGCAGGAUAAGCAGCCACAGCAUGUGGAAGAGUUCCAGCUGCCGCAGAGGAGCGACACUCUCGCCCAGAUGCCAUCGGAAAAGCUCCCACCCAAGAAGAAGAGGCUGCGGCUGGCGGAUAUGGAGCACUCAUCAGGGGAGUCGAGCUUUGAGUCGACCUGCACCAGCCUCUCUCGCAGCCCCAGCCAAGAGAGCAACCUGUCCCACUCAUCCUCCUUCUCCAUGUCCUUUGACCGAGAUGAAGGCCUUAAGUCUGUCUCGCCCACCAAACAGGAUGACUCGUCGGCACCUGGUGGUGCACCUAAGCAGUCGGAGUUCCUGACGGUGCCGGGCAGUGGUCACUCCAGCCACCACCAGCAGAGGGAAAUGAGGAGGUCUUCGUCGGAGCAGGCACCGUGCACGCUGCCCACAGAGUUGCCUGAAAUGCGCAGUAAAUCCUUCGACUAUGGAAGCUUGUCCACCUCCAGACAGGGAGAGAUAUACUCCAGUGCCUCUGCAAUGAAGGAACGCCGGCGAGGAUAUCUUGUCCGACAGCAUUCACUGAGUGUAUACCCAGAGGCAGUCAUCCAGGAACCAGCAGGUGCUGAGUUGUCGAUCAAACAGGAGAGUCUGGAACAUGGUGCAUGGCCCGGUCCAUCAGGGUCCCCCCACAGCAGCAGCGAUGUAGCCAGCAGAACCAAGAGAGUCGGCAGUAGCACUGGUGGUGUAGGAUCCCACCAACACCAACAGCACCACCAUCUACUCCAGCAGAGUAUCAGUGAGGACAGCCUGCAGGAUGAACCUCUGUAUGGCAGGCCCCAUCAGCAUCGCCUGCAGGCUCAGGGCUCAUCAUCCGAGGGAGAAUAUCCAGGUCAUGAGGUCAUGAAUAAGGAAGUAAUCCAGCAGUACCCAAGCGGCCCCACCUUCCUUUCCUACCAGCAACCUGGCCUGUUUUGGAGCCAGGAUGCUGGUCAGGCGGCCAGGCAGCAGCUGACCCUCCAGGCCCAGCAGCAACUCCAAAAACUCCACAUUCGAUCACCGGGCUCCCUAUCUGGACACCCACUCCAUAAACAACAGCCACACCACUCCAUGCAGCAGAUCCACGAUCAGCAGCCACACGAUGGAAAAUCAGAAAACACAAGCUCUCAGAUGUACCCUGCCUCUUUCUCAUCUCGAGCCUCUCCUCUGUCCCAGCAGAACUUUACAUCUCUCUCCUCGAAGCACUCCAUGCCCAGCUCCACCACCACCUCCAUGCUCCUGCAGCAGGUGCAGCCUGUCUUUGCCACCCAGAACCUGGGCUCCCAAGCCUCUCUACCUGGCAUGCAGGUUCCUGUGCGCAUACAAACCCACGUGCCAUCAUAUGGUAGUGUUAUGUACACCAGUGUUAGCCAGCUGAUAGCUACCCAUGGCAGUGGAGCACAAGGGGUAGGCUCAACCAGGCCAGGCGGGGCUGACAAUUGCACAAUGUCUCCGUCAGGUGGUGCUGUCAACAAACCACCUGGAGGAAUCGGAGGAGGCAUAAGUGGGGCAGGUUUCAACCUGUCACACUUCCUUGGACAAACUGAUGGCACAGCACUGCGCUACCCACUCUGGAAGGCUCCAGAUUCACUACCAGAGCAACGCUUGAACACAGGAAUCCCACUGUCACUAACGUCGGGCACCAUAUCCACCACAGAUGCCUCAGGGUCCGGCGUCGGAGGCAGCAAGCGCAUGCUUUCCCCUGCUAGCUCUCUGGAGCUCUUCAUCGAGACCAAGCAGCAGAAACGAGUAAAGGAGGAGAAGAUGUACGGACAGAUUGUUAAGGAGAUGAGCGCCGUGGAGCUGAGUGGAACUGAAAGCAGCAGUAAGCCUGAGAAGGGGCUGGGCAGAGGGGAGCGGCCUCGUCUGAAGAGCGAAGGCUCCAUGGACGAUUCUGAAAGGAUGUCCUCGUCUCCUCCGCUAAGUGACUUCCCCACGAAGAUCGCCAUUCCCGUCCGUUCCUCGGCCCCUCACCUCCCCGAUGUUCCCCGCGCCGAGAGCUUCACUCCUCCUCUCCAGAUCGUCACAGACCGCUCCCCAGCCUCAGGGGGUCGGGAUUCCCCAGAGGAGCUUGAUGUGGACGAUUCAGUCCCAGAGCCCAGCUCCAGCCCCCAGUCCAUGGUGUCCUCCAACGACGCAGAGGACACCGACAAUGCAAAUCAGCCCAGUAAAAUCCCCGUCAGCAUGCUGGUUCAGCUCGCCGCCAACCAAAGUGGAUUAAACCGAGCGGUGGGCCAGACGCUGCUGCUCACCGACGUGGCCGACGUCCAGCAGUUUUUCCAGUUCCCGAGCCUGCGCACUAUGAGCAGAGUAAGCUGGUGCUUCCUCAACUACACCAAACCAAACUGCGCCCAAACUGCCGUGCAUAGCUCCGUCUACAACUCAUGGUGUGUUAGCUCGUACAACCCCAACCCUCUGAACCUGAGCACCAAGGCUGCUCUGGCCCUGCUGAGGUCCAAGCAGAGGAGGAACACUGACCUGAUGUACUCGACUGCAGCCAUGUCACCACCCAGCUCUGGGAAGCUGGUGUCAUCUGUGGCCUGGAAGCUGCGGUUUGAUCAGUUGAAGCCAGAGCUGAUGCCAGUUGAUGUCAGUAAUUUCGGGAGGAAGAUGAAGGGCGUCGUGUCAUGGGACCGCUCGAAGGAGGAGCAGGUGGAGAAGGAGGUCUCGGUCAAACAGCCCGCCGCCGAACCGACCCGCAUCAAGAUCUUCGAAGGCGGGUAUAAAUCCAAUGAAGACUAUGUUUACGUGCGUGGUCGUGGUCGGGGGAAAUACAUCUGUGAGGAAUGCGGCAUCCGCUGUAAGAAACCCAGCAUGCUGAAGAAACACAUCCGGACUCACACCGACGUCCGGCCCUACGUCUGCAAGUUCUGCAACUUCGCCUUCAAAACAAAAGGAAACCUGACGAAGCACAUGAAGUCUAAGGCUCAUAUGAAAAAGUGUCUGGAGUUGGGAGUCUCCAUGUCUUCUGUGGAGGACAACGAAGCGGACGAAGGAGAUGUUGGAGAAGACGGUCAGCGGUCGGAGAAGAUGUCCCGAGGCGUCAUGGCGGAUCACCAGUUCUCCGACGCCGACGACUCGGACGGUGGUGACGACGACGGCGAUGAGGUGGACGACGACGACGACGAAGAGGACGACUACGACGGCGACUCCACGCCGAAAACGCGCUCGCGCUCCACCAGCCCGCAGCCGUUCAGCCUGUCCUCCGUGUCCGUCACCGCCGUGGCGUCCUCCCACCCCGCCCCUUACCACUCGCCGUCCGAUCUCCUUGGCAACAACAACGCCGCCAACAAGCCGCCGCUGUUUGGCUACUUCACCACCGUGCCGAGCAUCCAGAUCACGCCGCAGGCUCCGCCCAUCGACCACGCCCACACGGAGUACCAGCGCGGCCUGCAGCGGGCGCUGGGCGGCCGGCUGCUGGCGCCGCCCUCCUCCUCUUCCUCCAUGGACGAAGACCUCCCCGUCCCCUCCCCGGACCUCUGCUCCCCGUCCUCCCGCCUGUCCUCGCCCGGGUUGGACCACUCCGGCUGCCCGUCCCCGAACUCGCCGUCCUCCUCGCCGUCGGCCCGGCGAUAUCUGUCCCCGCGCCGAGACCUCUCGCCGCGCGCCAGGCACCUGUCGCCCCGACGGGACCUGUCCCCGCUGCGCCACAUCUCCCCGAAGAGGGACCUGGGGGCGGCGGGGGGCUACAGGAGGGACCUGUCCCCCCGGAGGGGACACCUCUCGCUGCUGUCCCCGCUGUCCCGCCCCACGUCUCCGGCAGGAAGAGACUACAAGCGCGACCUUUCACCUCGAGGACGCCACCGGGCGAUGAUCCGGCCGGUUUCUCCUCGCCGAGGACUCCACCAACACCUCCAUCACCAGAGCCAGCAGAGUGGAUCUCGUGGCCUCAGACCGGUUCACCAGUCCGGGGUGCUGAGUCAGGCCGAACUGGGACGCCGCAGAACCAGCGCAGAGAUGGAGACGGAUCAUUGUCUGGGCUCAGG